AUGCGCCUUGGGACAUGCCUGGUGCGUCUGCUGAAGCAUCCGUGUAUUUCCAUCAUCGCGGAUGGCGAGGGGCAACCAGGCGUCGGAGGAGCGGUUGCCUCUAGCCACUCGAGACGAAGCGUGAGGAGAAUUGCAUUUGUCAACUCUUGGCUUCCUUAUGGGGCUACAAAUCGAAGGCAUGUGAUACGCAGCAGCCGUCAAACUCCGGAGAGCCUCACAUGCUCGCGCGACGCCCUCGAGAGCCAGAUGGCCCCAAGGCUGGUGUGCUCCUACUGCCAGGCUCGACGACCUCCAGAUCCCGCAUCAUCUGUACCAUGA